UCUUCACUUCGUCUUCCCUUGUUGCCUAAAUAUGAGGUUUCCUCUAUUCCCAUGGUUUUUCUUGAUCACCACACACUCGAUCUUUAUCACUCCAGUAUACGCCCAAUGUUUAGACCAUCACAAAACUUUGUUGCUCCAGUUAAAGAAUAGCCUCAUAUUCAACUCUGCAUAUUCAACCAAGCUGGUGCUCUGGAACCAUAAUAUGGAUUGUUGCGAGUGGAGUGGUGUAACGUGCAACAAUAUGGGUCGUGUUAUUGGUCUCGACUUAAGCGAUGAAUCAAUCUCUGGCGGAAUCCACAACUCAAGUAGCCUUUUCAAUCUCAAGUAUCUUCAAAGUCUGAAUCUUGCUAAAAACAGCUUCGGCUCUUGGCAAAUUUCAUCUGGGUUUGAGAAGCUAACUAGUUUGACAUAUAUGAAUUUGUCAUAUGCAGACUUGACAGGACAAUUUCCUAUUGGGAUUUCAGGUUUGACAAGGUUGGUCUCUCUGGAUUUCUCUGGGAAUUACUACUUAAAACUUGGCAACUCAAAUCUAAAAUUACUUGUUCAGAAUCUCACGGAGCUCACAGAACUCCGUCUUGAUGGUGUAAAUAUAUCGUCCAAGGGAGAGGAAUGGUGCCAAGCCAUAUCUUCUUCACUCCCUAAUCUGCGAGUCUUGAGCUUGUCUUUCUGUGAUCUCUCAGGUCCUCUUUGUUCUUCCCUUGAGAAUCUCCGAUCCCUUUCGGUGAUCGAUCUGAGUCAUAACAAUUUGUCCGCCCCAGUUCCAAAUUUCUUUGCAAACUUCACCAAUUUGACAGAAUUACUUCUCUGGUAUUCUAAUUUGCAGGGAACAUUUCCGGAAAACAUCUUCCAUGUGCCAACUCUACAUAAACUUGACUUAUCAGCCAAUGAAUUACUUCAGGGUUCUUUUCCAGAAUUUUUCCAGAAUGGAUCUCUCCAGACCUUAAUUCUUAGACACACAAAUUUUUCUGGGAUAUUACCAAAUUCUAUUGGUAAUCUUCAGAUGUUGUCCACGAUAGAUGUUCAGAAUUGCAACUUAACUGGAGCAAUCCCAAGUUCAAUGGAAAACCUUACUCAACUUGUUUAUUUGGAUUUGUCAUACAAUAUGUUUAUUGGUCCAACCCCAUCAUUUUCAAAGAACCUCUCCUACAUAGACUUAUCCCAUAAUCAUUUAACGGGUACAGUUCCUUCCACCCACUUUGAAGGCCUAUUGAAUCUUGUUAUGAUUAAUUUAAGUCAAAAUUCACUCAAUGGAAGCAUUCCGUCAUCUCUUUUAGAACUCCCAUCGCUGAAAAAAUUUGAUGGUCAAGUUGAUGAAUUUUCUAAUGCUUCCUCCUCUCUACUAGAGGUCAUCAAUCUGAGUAGUAACAAUUUACAGGGGGCAAUACCCAUGUCUUUCUUUGAGCUCAGAAGGCUUAUUCGUCUUAUGAUCAAUUCCAACAACUUUAGUGGCCCAAUACAACUGGAAAAGUUUUAUAGACCACUGUCUCUCUGUAUCCUUGACCUUUCAGACAACCAAAUUGAAGGGAAAAUACCAAACUGGAUUUGGGAAGUUGGGAAUGGAAGUCUCCUUUACUUGAAUCUCUCUCACAAUCUCUUGGUUGAUUUGCAAGAACCGCAUGUUUUACACCCCAACCUUCUUUUCCUUGACCUACACUCUAACCUGCUCUCUGGAAAAAUCCCAAUACCAGGAGAAUCAGCUCAAUACAUUGACUUCUCAAGUAAUAAUUUCAGCUCUUCUAUCCCUCCUACUAUUGGUAGUCUCCUCACCUAUGCCUCUUUCUUCUCUCUUUCAAAUAAUAGCGUCAUUGGAAACAUUCCUCAAUCGGUAUGCAAUAUGAGAUACCUUCAAGUUCUAGAUUUGUCUAAUAAUCGUUUGAGUGGCACAAUACCAUCAUGUUUGAUCCAAAGGAGUACUAGUACUCUUGGAGUACUGAAUCUGCGAAAUAACAGACUUAGUGGAAAUGUUUUGACUGUAUUUCCAAACUAUUGUAAUCUACAAACUCUGGAUCUCAGUGGCAAUCGUUUGGAAGGGCAGAUUCCAAAAUCAUUGUCAAAUUGUAGAAGGUUGGAGGUUUUAAACCUUGGCAAUAACAUGGUAAGUGAUAGAUUUCCGUGCUUUUUGGAGAACAUAUCAAGCCUACAUGUUUUAGUUUUGCGCUCUAAUAGGUUCCAAGGCUUCUUCUCAAAUUGGAAGGCAAUGAUGAUUGACAAUGAUAAUGCACAACCAAUGUUUGAUAAUCUGGGUUAUCUCUACUUUUCUGAAUAUACUGCUGGACACUACUAUUCAGAUCGAGUGAAUGUCAUCUAUAAAGGGAUAGAGGUGGAGCUGGUGAAAGUUUUUACUAUUUUUACCUCCAUUGAUUUUUCAAACAAUAGAUUUGAAGGGAAAAUACCAGAUACUGUUGGGAAUCUCAAAUCGCUUGUUCUUCUCAACUUAUCGUACAAUGACCUCCAAGACUCAAUUCCAACAUCAUUAGGAAACUUGAAGAAGCUCGAAUCACUUGAUCUUUCACGAAACAAGUUGACCGGGAUGAUCCCAACACAACUUGCAAGUCUUACAUUUCUUUCGGUUUUGAAUGUGUCAUACAAUCUUUUGGUUGGCAAUGAUGAUCGAGUGAAUGUUUCACCCCUUAGCGGUCCAAACAGGUCAUAA